ACCAACAGAGAGUGGGCAGAGGACAGUGCCGGCCGCUUGGGGCGGCCGGGUGUGCUGAGGCGCCGGUUCCACGCCGCUCGGUACCCAGAGGGGCCUGGCGGUACGGUGACGCUCACCGCUGUGGUGCGGGGCGUGCUUUGGGCCGGGCUUGCUUAGUGUCGGCACUCUGAGCUUUGCGUAGCGCUGCGGUUCGUGUGGUGGCGGUACCGAGCCUUCCCGCCGGUCCUCCGGCCGACGAUCUUUGUUUUGUUCUUCUGUGUUUCACUCUGGGAAUCGGUCUCCUGACCAUCCUGCUCUCUGUUCAAGUCUAUAUUUUCCUUAGACUUCUUGUCCGGGUGUUUCCCUUCCCUCAGUCUUCAGUGAGGGUGAUGUGGAGGAAAAAUGAAUAUUCACUAUAAAUGAUUUGCACUGAAAUCAAGAAGAAAUUGGAAGUACUCCCAAUAACCAGAUGUUGUGCUGCUGUUAGAGGGCUUCCAAAAUUCCACUUCUGUGUUUUAUCCUUGACUUGUCUGUGCAGUUUCUUUCCAUACCGUUAAUUGAAAGUGGCUGAAAUCCACUGCUAGAGAUAGCCCCAGGCUGAGGAAGGAGGCUGCCGGCAUCUUUAUUGCUAGCUGUUAAUGCUACCCAAACCUCUAAUCUCAGUACUUGGAAGAUAACUGUUAGGAAAUGUUGACCCAACCCACAUAAAUUCAGUGUUGACUGUUUAUGGAGUGACAGUAAAGCACAUAAACAGAGAUACUUCUACCUUUUAGAGUGGUACACUGUCACCCAGCCAUGCCUACAGAAGGAAAAAGUGAUAUGGAGAGGACUGGCCUCUUCAGUGAAAUGAGCUAUGUUACCAUUGGAGAUAAAUAUGUAUCACCUUAUAUGCGCCCUUUUAACGAAGCUGCAAGCAAGAACAGACAGAUGCUAUCUGAGGGGAGCAAAACAUUGUCAGCUCUUCAGGCAGGUUAUUUUGACCCUCAGUUUAAGAGGAUUUUCAAUGGUGAAGCCUACUCAAACCCUGUUCAACUAAGGAGACGUUACAGAUUGGCAGAAUCAAAGAAAAAUUUGGGCAAAGCCUUCCUUCCCAGUAAUGGAGAUAAAUUGCCAAGUGGACUAGGCAGCUAUUACGGAACCAUAGGAGGUCCAUUUGAAUACUUCAGUGCACAACUGAAAGCCAGAGAAAGAUACAUUCCUCCUGGAAAGAAUUUUUAUACUAGUCCAGGAAAAAAAGGAACUGGAUAUGGUUAUGCAAAUCUUACCAUAGGUGAACAAUAUGCACAUGAAGCGGAUGGCUAUGAAUUAGAAAAAAUAAUUGCAAAGAAAGCACGAGAGGAACACAAGCGUUUGGUUAAAGGAGGGCCUUUCAAAUCUAAUAUAUACCCCCUGGAGUAUUUUGACAUGAAUCCCUAUUUCAGUGACAAACCUUUGCCACCUGUGAAGAAACCACCACUGGAGAAGCGAAUUGCAAAACCUUUCAAGCCAAGUUCUCCUGCUAAGAAGUCAGGGGGCAUGAAAGGAGGCACGUUUGAUCCUUAUCCAAGCCAUUCUGCUGACCCUUAUGUAAUCAAAAAAACUAUGGCUGUCCCAUCCAGUAAAGAACAAAAGGUUUUUCAUCCUCCUGCUGGACCAAAAAGCAGACCUGUUACAAGUAUAGUGACUCUAAAUGUCCUAAGAUCAAUAAAUGGAAAGAACUACAAGACUGCAUAUGCUACAUCUUGUUAGGUAAAAAUGGCGAAACGAAGGGUACACUUUUAAGACUCUUACCAACAUGGCUGCUAAUAAGCAUUCAGAGCAAAUAAAAAUGUGAGAAGUGGAAUUCAAGUA